CUCGUCCUUCGCUGGAAUUGCUGCUCUCUGUCCUCGUCUGGUCUUCAUCUCCUCUUCGUCCUCGUCCUUCGCUGGUAUUGCUGCGGACUCUUCCUACCAAAAAUAAAAGAAGAAGAAGAAGAGCGCGCGCUCUCUCUCUCUCUCUCUCGCUGCUAGCAAUCGGGAACACUAUGCCAAGAGGGACACCUCCUGUUAGAGCACGUGGAAGCGGAAGCGGAAGUGGAAGUGGAAGUGCUAGUGCAAGUGCUAGUGCUAGUGCUAGUGCUAGUGCUAGUGCUAGUGCUAGUGCAAGUGUUAAUGCCGGUACUAGCAAUGAUUCCAAUGAAGCGGUUGGUCCCGAAAUUGAGAUGAUAGAUGAUAGAGCACCAUUGUGGAAAUAUGUUAAGAAGAUUGAAAAGUGUGGGACAGGUGGAGGAAGUUGGAGGUGGCAGUGUAACUUUUGCCAGUUGUAUUAUAAUGGGUCUCACACUAGAGUGCGACAACAUUUAUUGAAGGAAGGAGGAGUGGGGGUUACCGUUUGUAAAAAAGUUGACCCCCAUACAUUUGCUCAGAUUACUAAAUUGGUGAAGGAUUGCAAGGAGAGAAUAGCCAAUAGAGGAGCAAGACAAGUUCCUUUGCCAUCAUCAACAAGGGGGAGUUCAGCAGCUCAUGGCAGCUCUUCUUUUGUGAGUUAUGGUGACUACACAAGAGCACCAACAGCAGCAGCUGAAGGGAAAAAAAGAAGGGCAGCAGGUGGUGCUAUUGAAAAGGCAUUCCAAAACGAAUUAAGGGAAGGAUGUAAUGGUGAGAUUGCUAGGAUGUUUUACACCGGUGGUUUAUCCUUCAAUCUAGCAAGAAAUCCACACUAUCGGAACUCUUAUUUUAGAGCUUCUACCCUUCCGGGCUAUGUUCCACCGAGUUAUAAUGCUAUAAGAACAACACUCCUUGCUAAUGAAAGGAAGAAUCUUGAGAAUCAAUUGAUGCCAUUGAAGCUUGCAUGGAGAGAUAAGGGUGUGAGCAUUUGUAGUGAUGGUUGGUCCGAUGCACAAAGAAGACUCUUGAUUAAUGUGAUGGUUGUUUGUGAGAGUGGUCCAAUGAUGUUGAAAGCAGUAAAUUCUGAAGGAGAAUACAAGGAUCAUCAAUUGAUUGCCAACUUGCUUAUUGAUUCUAUCAAACAAGUUGGUUAUGAAAAUGUAGUGCAAGUAGUGACCGACAAUGCUCCUGUUUGUUCAAAAGCCGGUGCUUUGAUAGCAAGUAAGUAUCCUACUAUCUUUUGGACUCCAUGUGUUGUUCAUACUUUGAAUCUUGCUCUCAAGAAUAUUUGCACACCUUCUCAAGCUUUGAACAAUGUGGAUGUGUAUGUUGAAUGUUGUUGGAUACAACCGGUUGUGGAGGAUGUUAUGUUUAUUAAGAACUUCAUUAUGAAUCAUGGAAUGAGAUUAGUUAUGUUUAGUGAUCAUUGUAAUUUGAAGUUGCUUUCGGUUGCUCCCACAAGGUUUGCAUCUACAUUUAUUAUGCUCAAGAGGUUUAAGACAAUCAAAAAUGGUUUGUAACAAAUGGUGAUUAGUACAAAGUGGGAUGAUUAUAGAGAAGAUGAUUAUAGGAAGGCGGGUAGGGUGAAAGAAAUGUUGUUGGAUGACUUAAUGUGGGAUAACAUUGAUCAUAUUCUUUCUUUUACCGAGCCUAUCUAUGAGAUGAUUAGGAAGGCGGAUACGGAUAAGCCUUGUCUUCAUUUGGUGUAUGAAUGGUGGGAUAGUAUGAUGGAGCAAGUGAAGAAGGCUAUUUAUAGGAAAGAAAUGAAGCAACUUCAUGAAGAAUCUUCAUUUUGAGAUGCGGUGCACAAAAUUCUAUUGUCUCGUUGGAGCAAAGCCAAUACACCCCUCCAUUGCUUGGCACAUUCUUUGAAUCCCAAGUACUAUAGUUCGGAAUGGCUUGAUGAAGAUUCCCAUCGGGUUGCUCCUCACAAGGAUUUAGAUGUUACAAGGGAAAGGAAAAAUUGUUUUCUUCGAUACUUUGCCAAUGAGGAUGAUAGAAGAAAUGCUAACAUAGAGUAUGCUAAUUUUUCUAUGUGUAUGCAAGGGUUUGGAAGUGGAGAUGUGAUGAAGGAUAGAUUUAUAUUAGAGCCACUAACAUGGUGGGUGAUUCAUGGAUCUUCGGCACCAAUUCUCCAAGCCAUAGCCUUUAAGGUGUUAGGUCAACCUUCUUCUUCCUCAUAUUGUGAAAGGAAUUGGAGUACUUACAAUUUCAUUCACUCUUUGAAGAGGAACAAGUUAGCACCACAAAGAGCGGAAAAUUUGGUAUUUGUGCAUACCAAUCUUCGCCUUUUAGCUAGGCAAUGCCCAACUUACAACAAGGGUGCAUCUCAUAUGUGGGAUAUUGGAGGUGAUGACUUUGAUUCAUUGGAAGACUCUAAUGUUGGAAGGCUUGAGAUUGCUAACCUUUCACUUGAUGAGCCAUUGUUGGAGUCGGUCUUGUUUGAAGAUGAUGAGUUUGAAGAGGAAAACAUUGAGGAUGAUGAUGUUGUUGAAGCUUAAUUUGACUUAUUUGUAUUUUAAUUUGAGUAUUUGAAUAUGGAUCUUUUCUCAAACAUUUGUUUGGUUUGGAUUUGGAUUGACUAUGUGAUGAAGAAUCUUUGUUAUUUGUAUUGUAAUUUGAUUAUAUAUGUUUGUUUAG